CGCUAAAUGGCAUUGAUUUCCAAAAGUCCCCACGUCGUGCCAUAGAACCAACUUUAACAUUUCAUUGAUGGGGAAAUUUGAAAAACUCUCGAACCUAUUGUGUGAUACGGUCAUUGCACGUGAUCAGGGCAUUUGGUGGGGAUCGGUUACUGGUGGUGCAAGAACGCACCAUCCGAAUGUUGCGAUUUCAAGUAACUUAAAUAUAGAUACUUGUAACAAUGCCAGCUUUGCCAAUCACUCAAGGAUCCCGGAACUGCUUGGGUCCUGUACCAUCAAGGCAUGUUACUUUCCUGCAUUCAAGGACUGUAGCUUUGGGGAGGUACAAAGCGUGUAGAUCAUCGCCGGAAAUCCAGGGCGAUCUAUCUCAGAUGGACCUUCCAGAGGGAAGCUUGGGACUCCCAAUAGUUGGAGAAACUCUAGACCUGCUGCUCAAAGGCGACAGCUUUGGGGCUGCCAGAAACGCGAAAUUCGGAAAAAUCUGGAAGACGAGUAUAUUGGGAAGUCCAACAAUCAUGGUAUUUGAUGAGGCGGCAUGCAGAAAGGUAUUGAAGGAAGAGGGGCGCCUUGUGGAGGUGAUUUGGCCAGAUGUGACAGCAGAGCUGGUGGGGCCGAGUUCUCUGAACCUGCUGAAGGGGGAGGAGCACCUCAAAAUGAAGCGCCUUCUGGGAGAGGCAUUCAGCGAGCAGGCAGUGGUCGCGCUGCUGGCUGAGCUGGAGACCUGCGCACAGAACUUCUGCCAGCGAUGGGCGCAGAUGGGCAGCUUCUCGGGGUACGAGGAAACCAAGUUUUGGGCGUGGGCCAUGUUUGGGGCAGCGGUGCUGGGCAUGCCGGGGCAGCUUCCCACCGGGAGGAAGCUGGCGCGGCUGAUGGACGACCUGCAGGGCGGCUUCCAGACGGUGCCGGUGAAGCUGCCGGCCUCGCCGUACAGCCGCGCGCUGUCUGCCCGGAAGGACAUAACGGAUCUGAUCAACGGGCAGGUCGAUGCCAUGCAGUUACAGGACAGGGGCACCUCCUGCCUGGGCAACAUGCUUGGCCUUGAAGAACCUUCCACCUCAGGGGGUUCACCGCUGUCCAAUGACCAUAUAAUUGACAACACCUUUGCCGCCGCGUUUGGCAACGCGUCUGCCGGCCCGACUGCAGCGAAGAUCCUGCAGUACUUGGCAGCCGGCAGCCGAGCGAGGGAAUUAGUCAGCGCUGAGCUGGCUGCACGUGGGUCACGUGGGCCCCUCACGGCCGCUGACCUGGACAACCUGCCCUACACCAGCGCAGUUGUGCAAGAAGUCCUUCGCAUCACCCCAAUAGUGCCAGCGCUCUUCAGGCGUGCCCUGCAGGACUUCGAGCUCUGCGGCCGCCGUGUUCCCAAGGGCUGGAGUGUGUACGUCCACACGGGGGCAUCGACGCAGAAAUACAACGACGACAGCUUUCAGCCGGAGCGCUGGCUCUGCCCGGCGGCUGCCGAAUACACGCUGCCGUUUGGACUCGGGCCCAGGAUGUGCCUGGGGAGGCAUCUUGUCAAGGCUGCGCUGACGGUGCUUGUGAUUGUGUUAGUAAGGGAUUACUCGUGGGUGAUGGAAGAUCCUGGGGAAGAAUGGUCUGUAUUUCCCACUGUGCUGCCAAAGCAGGGUCUUGCGCCAAUCCACCACAACCUCUAG